ACCUGUACAGGUAAACUGGAGUAUUGCCAAGCAGCGCCGCCAUUUGUAAACAAUGUACGAUGUGUCCGUCAAAAUGAAUUCAUUUUUAUGUUCCAAUGUUUUCAUAUUCAUUUUGUCACUGAUCAUCCCAUCAGCAAGUUCGAUAAGCACAGUGUAUUUAACAACAUCAUGUAACCAGACCGUUGCCAUAACAACUGGCAUAUCGCUGCAGUCCAGUACAGCAUUAUCUUACCCUAACUCUAUGAACUGUUACCUCGCUGUCACAGUACCCACGAACUAUAAAGUAGUAGCUGUCUUUAGACGAUAUGAAAUUGAGGAUCAACUGAAUGGCGUUUGUAACGACAUUGUCAAUUUUUAUGAUGGAGUGGACACCUCUUCCAGUCCGUUGAAUUUGGAUCACAACUGUGGAUAUAUAGCGCCAACCAACAUAACAUCUACUGGAACUUCACUCACUGUUCAACUGGUUACCGACUCAACAGUCACGAACAGAGGCUUUGAUCUUAUACUUUCGGCAUUUUCAUAUGCACCCUGUUCAAGUAACCAAUUUAGCUGUACCAACUCACUGUGUAUUUCAUCCUCACUAAAAUGUGAUAAUUAUGACCAGUGUGGAGAUCAGUCUGACGAAUCGGACUGUACAGAUGCAGAAUUGGCAAACUCAGAAUCCAGUGAUAACUCAGCGUUGAUAGCAGGGAUUGCCAUUGGUGUCGGUUCGGUCGUCGUCAUAUGCGUUUUAAUUGGUAUCUAUGUAUACCGCCAAUAUAGAUGGAAGAUGUUCUUAAAGGAUCCACUUCCUAUUAUACAACAAUGGGAUAAUCAAAGUAAUUAUCCACUGACUAGGAAAUAUUACAAAACUUAUAACGAUGGAUACCAUUCCAUGAAGAACGGAUCUGAUCCCAACAUGUCUUCAUCUCAGGACAGACCUAGUACUCCUAAUUCAGGAGGAAGUUCAAGUAAAAGCAUUAUUAAAAUUCCAAAGUCUGGAGAUUCGAUUGCAUGAAACAAUAUUUUGGUGUCCAUGCAGUUUUUAGCAAACUUAGGGAUUUUUGUUUAAAAAUUUCUUAGUUUAACAAAUAGUUAUAAAUUUCUAUAUCGACAAUUUAAAAAAAAAUGCAAAAAAAUAUUUUAAAUAUUUUAUUUCCUCUAACAAUCAACUGAGUGAUUUUUAUAUCUUUUUUCAUUCAAAGUAUGGUACUAUUAAUCCAAGUCUCAAAGUAUAUGUGUAUUAUAUAGAAAUGAAAAAAAUUUAAAAAGAAAUAUUCUUUAACACAUUUAAUUAGAGGGGAGGCAAAUUCGUUAGUCCUCAUCAUUAUAAUCCCAUUAAACAUAAAUUUGACAUCUUUUUUUUCAACUUACUUUCAAAUUAUUUGUUACUAAUUUGUUUUGUUCAAAGUUUACCAAAUUUGUCAAAAUGAUUAAGCAGAGAGAGGGAAAGAGAGAAAGAGAGAGAUUUCUAACCGAAACAUGAAGAUUACCUUCAAUCAUUUAAGAAUUUUGUGAUAUAGACUGAUAAUUUAUUGAAAACUUAUUUGUGUUUCUACAUUUGUAAUUUUUUUUAUAGUUUUUUUUUAAAUGUAUUUCGCUGGCGAAAACCUUUUUAUUAUUAAAAAAAAUAUUUU